AUGCCAACAAUCAGAGGGAAUAGAAACAGCAGCACACAACAAACAGCAACCAUCGAAUCCGAAUUUAAUGUUUACCAACCAACAAGCAGACUUGGAUUUAAUGCUUUCCAACCACAGCAAGUAACAACCAAUAAACCUGGCUCAAGUGAGACUUCUCGCCUCAAAAUCUACAAAGUAAAAAUUGUCGGACUAAGAAAAGCUUUUGGAAUUUUAUGA